CGUGCUUUAUAUGUGUUUUUCACAUAACUAAGGUCUGGAUCAUGUUGCUCGCAUCACGAUAAACAAGACGACACUUUCAAAACACGCAGCAAGAAGGAACGAGCUGAUGUUUGUGGCGUAGACUUCAGCAGCUGAGGUCUGCAAGUCUUGCCAUCCCUAGCUAGGGCUACUGCCCAAUCUCGUGCUCGCGAAUGCGUGCAAGAUGCAUCGCCCUAGUCGGUUGCAGCUUAGUGCUCAUUGUACCAUGCAUGCAGUCUUCAGCUGCUUUGGCGGUGUCAGCCAGCCACACACAACGCAUUGGGUCUCCACCGCUCGCAGUGCAGCUUGCUAGCGCGGGAAAACGCAACGAGAGUCGGCUGCCGCAGUCUCUCCAUACAAAGAGACCAUCGUGCGACUGCCGAGCCCGGGGGCUCGCCCUGAACGAACGUGUCAGAAACAAACUGUCGUUACCAUAGGC